AUGAUCGAGAAGGGGGUUAUAGAGAACAUGGACAUCGCACAUAAGAUCUUGGAAACUCUCUUCGUGAGGGGCCAUGUGGAGGAGACGAUUGACCACGUCAAUCUGAUGGUAGAAAAUGGAUGUAUGCCUGAUCUAGAUAGUUGCUGGUCAGCCUUUGUCAAAACGAUAGUCAUGGAGGCACAGAAGCUGGGUGAUUUUGCGUUGGACAGGGACUUUGAUGUUGGCUUCUCGAACUAUGAUAGAGUUCUUGAGGCCUUGUACACUGAGGAAAAGACAUUGCCCGCAUACUCCAUGCUUUGCAAGAUCAAGAACAAAGGUGGUGGUGUGGACCAGAAAGGUUGUGAUGCUUUGCUUGAGAGCUUAAAAUCUGAAGGGUACUCAAAGCAAGCAGAUAUUUCUCUAGGAUGUUGA